UCGAGAGGAUGGCUUGCCCUUCCUCUCUCUUCCCCGCCGCGCCGCCGUUCUUCCCGAGCCCCUGCCGCCGGCUGCAGCUGUCUCCAUCCGCGCGGCCGUUCCAACCGUCGCCUCCUGCUCGCACCGUGCUGGUGCGGUGGACGCCGCCGCCUCGCGGGUGGUUCAAGCUCAACUUCGAUGGAUCCGUGUACCACGACGGCUCCGGGCGGGCAAGCAUCGGCGGCGCCAUCCGCGACAGCGCCGGCCGCGUCGUGCUUUCGUUCGCCGAGCAGACUGAGCACUCCACAGUCGGAAUCAUCGAGGCGCGGGCGCUGAUCCGCGGGCUGCGGCUCGCGCGGGGGCUCUUCUUGGAGAGGGUGGUGGCGGAGGGCGACGACCUCGUGUUGGUGCAGUUGCUGCGCGGCGAGGCGAUGCAGACACGGAUCCCGGUGGCUAUGCAGGAGGAGAUCCUCGGCCUCCUCCGCUGCUUCUCCGGGCGCGACGUCCGGCACGUGUACCGGGAGGGCAACCAGGUGGCGCACACCCUCUGCCGCCAGGCCUACCACUGCCCGGGCGUGUGGGUGGGCGAGCUCGUGCCAGCCGCCGCGUGGGAGAAGGCCGAGGACGACCGGCGUGGCGUGGCGCACGAGCGCGCGGUGGUCCGUGCAACGUGA